AUUGAGCACAAAAAUGUGAGUGUUAAUGGCCUAAACAUUCACAUAGCAGAGCUAGGAAAAGGGCCAUUAGUACUCUUCCUUCAUGGCUUCCCUGAACUCUGGUAUUCAUGGCGCCACCAGAUCGUCUUCAUGGCUUCACAUGGCUACCGGGCUGUGGCUCCCGAUCUCCGUGGCUAUGGCGAUACUACUGGGGCCCCCCUUGAGGACAGCUCAAAAUUCACUGUUCUUCAUGUUGUUGGGGAUAUUAUAGCCCUUCUUCAAGCUAUUGCACCAGAUGAGGAUAAAGUGUUUGUAGUGGCUCAUGAUUGGGGUGCUCUAAUUGCCUGGCAUUUGUGCUUGUUUAGGCCUGAUAAAGUUAAGGCCUUGCUCAGCUUGAGUGUUGCCUAUUCGCCUAGGCAUCCUUCCCAGAGUACAAUUGAUAGAGUGAGGAGUGCCUAUGGGGAUGAUUACUACAUGUGUAGAUUCCAGGCACAUGGUGAAAUUGAGGCUGAAAUUUCUGAGAUGGGAGUUAAGUAUUUUAUGAAGAAGAUACUUACUUAUCGCACUCCAGGUCCACUGUUUUUCCCAAAGGGUAAAGGCUUUGGUGAUUCUUGUGGUGAUCCGGUUGUCUUGCCGUCUUGGUUAACAGAAGAAGAUGUGGAUUAUUAUGUUUCUAAGUUUGAGAAAACAGGCUUCACUGGAGGAGUAAACUACUACCGUGCUCUGAAAUUAAGCUGGGAGCUUACUGCUCCUUGGACUGGUGCUCAAAUUAAAGUACCGACCAAGUUUGUUAUUGGGGAUUUAGAUUUGACUUACCAUAUGCCGCGAGUUCAAGACUAUAUACACAAAGGAGGGUUUAAAAGAGACGUUCCAUUGCUGGAGGACGUUGUUGUCAUUAAAGAUGCAGCUCAUUUUAUCAACCAAGAAAUACCAGACGUGAUUAACAAGCACAUCUACGACUUCUUUCAACAGUACUGAGCUUUCUGUUUGAUCUUGGGUUCAAGAUAUCCUCAAUCCUGUAUGUUUCUGUCAUUUCGUUUCCUGCAGCUGAUGUUAUGACUCUAUUUUAGGAUGUAUUUCCACUCCUUUCUUGCUUUGUUAAGAUAGUAAAUUAUGUAGAUUGGCUGCUAAUAAUAAUGAUAAAUAAGAGCUGUUCUGAUGUCGAGUUGAAGUUUUGCAUCCACAGGUGAUUGUUGUUACAAACGAUGAGUAUUUAUAAAUACGACUUUGAAGGUAGUAAAGGGAAAUGUGAUCAGCAUUGUCAAUUCUUAUAAAUGUACUUUCUGUUACUUUAUCAGAAAAUGCAGACUUAUUCUCUUGUUCCUGUGAAAAUUUUCUUUCUGAUACGACAACAAUAGCAAUGACAAGUGUUUAUGUCACAAUGGGAGGGUUGCUAUGGAUUAAUCAGACAGACAUAUAUGCUUAAAUUUUGUAAGUGUUGAACUCAACGUUUCUGAUAUGUAUGAGAAGG